AGGUCAAAUAAUCCAACACUACAAAUAAGAUCUUGUAAUGGUAAUUCUCGUUCAACAAAUUUAAAUGAGAUAUUAUGAAUAGUCAGGCAUCAGCGAUAGAAUAGCGUGUUUCGCCUGAAACUAAUUCAUUAUUUUGUUAAUAUAAAAAAAGAGGGGGGAAAAAAAUCAAACUUUCCAUAGAUGUCAGGCUACAACUUCCACGCAAAAUAUGACAAAGGGCGGGUCACGUGCGCCGCGUGCAUCAUUUAAUAAGUUUUUGGGGGAGUCGGAUGCUCUUGUUGACGUUAAGGGCGAAUCGGCCUCGCGAUAAGCACUUUGCACACGGAGCAUGACGUUUCACAAACAGCCACUCGAAGACGCCGAGCCAGUCCUGGAGCCAGGACGCGCCGCCGAGGGGUGAGGAGGCACCAUGGAGGAGCUGCACAGCCUGGACCCCCGGAGACAAGAGCUACUGGAGGCACGAUUCAUAGGCGGUGUCAGCGGCAGCACAGGGGGAAGCACUGGCAGCACAAGUGGGGGAACCAAAGGUUUGACCAAUAAUGAAUGUUCAAAUCAAAGUUUUGGAAGUCUGGGAUCUUCAAGCGACAAGGAAUCAGAGGGGUCAGAAGUGAAAAGAGGCAGUUCUCCUGCUUAUUCGACGCCGGAGAAGAAACAGUCUGAAACAACCAGAGGGAGAAAAAGGAAACCUGAGACUCAAUCAGAGAGCAGCCAAGGAAAAUCCAUUGUACGGGGACCCAAAAUUAGUGAUUACUUUGAUUUCCAGGGAGGAAAUGGCUCCAGUCCUGUAAGAGGUCUACAACCAGUGAUUCGUUCACCCCAAAACUCACAUUCCCACUCCACUCAGGGCACUGCUGUUAGACAAAAUAGUUCAUCUCCUACUUGUCUGUCUUUUGGGGACCACAUGAUGCAUCCAAAGCAACUAGCAGUCAAAUUAGUUCAGACUGACCUUACAGUGUUGAAAUUGGCUGCCCUUGAAAGUACCAAGAAUCUGGACCUUGAGAAGAAGGAGGGGAGAAUAGAUGAUUUGCUAAGGACAAACUGUGACCUCAGGAGACAGACAGACGAACAACAAAAAUUACUUGAAAAGUACAAGGAACGCUUGAAUAAAUGCAUUACCAUGAGCAAGAAGUUGCUUAUAGAAAAGAGCACUCAAGAGAAGCAAGCCUGUCGGGAGAAAAGUAUGCAGGAUAGAUUACGUUUAGGCCAUUUCACCACAGUGAGACACGGAGCCUCGUUCACAGAGCAGUGGACGGAUGGCUACGCCUUUCAAAACCUUGUGAAGCAGCAAGAAUGGAUAAACCAACAGAGAGAGGAUAUUGAAAGGCAGAGGAAACUCCUAGCCAAGCGGAAACCUCCAUCCUCCAGCAACUCCCAAACACCAACCACAAACUCGGAGCCAAAGCAACGCAAAACCAAGGCGGUGAAUGGAGCAGAAAGUGAUCCCUUUCUAAAACCCAGCCUACCUCAGCUGCUGACACUAGCAGAGUACCAUGAACAGGAAGAGAUCUUCAAACUGCGACUUGGGCAUCUCAAGAAGGAAGAAGCUGAGAUCCAGGCAGAGCUGGAGCGUCUGGAGAGAGUACGCAACCUUCACAUUCGGGAGCUGAAGAGAAUAAAUAAUGAAGACAGCUCACAAUUUAAGGAUCACCCAACGUUGAAUGAACGAUAUCUGCUCCUGCAUCUCCUGGGGAGAGGGGGCUUUAGUGAAGUUUACAAGGCUUUUGAUUUGAUUGAGCAACGGUAUGCCGCUGUGAAAAUCCACCAACUUAACAAGAACUGGAGAGACGAAAAAAAGGAGAACUAUCACAAGCACGCAUGCCGAGAGUACAGAAUACACAAGGAGCUGGACCAUCCCAGAAUCGUGAAACUUUACGACUAUUUCUCACUGGACACAGACACGUUUUGCACCGUUAUGGAGUACUGCGAAGGCAACGACUUGGACUUUUACUUAAAGCAGCAUAAGCUAAUGUCUGAGAAGGAGGCUCGGUCCAUAGUUAUGCAGAUUGUGAAUGCACUAAAAUACCUGAAUGACAUCAAACCACCUAUCAUCCAUUAUGACCUUAAACCAGGUAAUAUCUUGUUAGUGGAUGGCACAGCCUGUGGGGAAAUCAAAAUCACCGACUUUGGUUUGUCCAAAAUCAUGGAUGACGACAACUAUGGCGUAGACGGUAUGGACCUGACAUCACAGGGUGCUGGCACCUAUUGGUACCUGCCUCCUGAAUGUUUUGUGGUUGGCAAAGAGCCUCCAAAGAUCUCAAAUAAGGUGGACGUUUGGUCUGUGGGUGUUAUUUUUUUCCAGUGUCUGUACGGGAGGAAGCCUUUUGGACACAAUCAGUCACAACAGGACAUCCUGCAGGAGAACACUAUACUCAAAGCUACCGAUGUUCAGUUUCCUGUCAAGCCUGUUUCCAGUAAUGAAGCAAAGGCCUUUAUAAGGCGGUGUCUGGCAUACAGGAAGGAAGACCGUAUCGACGUUCACCAGCUGGGAAGUGACCCCUACCUGCUCCCUCAUAUGCGAAGAUCAAGCUCCUCUGGAAAUCUGCAGAUGAGCGCUGCUGGCCCAGGUCCAGCGUCCUCCAGUAUAUUCUCGUAUUGACGGCCUUGAACUGUGACACGAAAUAAGCAAACUGACCAAGUUGCUCCUCAGAGGCUUGGGCUGGUAGGAGAUCCAACCAGCAACAAGAGGAGCAGGACACAGGUGGAAAGAACCUCCUCUGACCUGUGCCAGGUUGCCUCUUGUGUUAAUCAGGACUUGAUCAAUGGAAGGACAGUGAACAUUUUAAAGGACAGUGGGUAAAAAGGAAAUUGUGAAGGCCUGAAAUAAGCACUGAAAAUGACAACCUAUCUUGAAGAAAAUGUGACUGAACUCUGUUCAGACAUCGCAGAUAGCCUUAAAGGGCCAAAGGGAGGUGUGGCAGCCAGUCAUUUAGAAUAAAUAACAUGGUCCUGCCAUUGUGCAAAAUGAUUCAGCUGCUAGAAGUUAAAUUACUGUGACAGUCAUCAUAGAACUGCAAAUAUUUCACUUUUGAUUUCGCUGAAAUAUUUUGAUUUCUCAAAUGUUAGGCUUUAAUUUGUGUUACUUAGUCAAGAGAAUGUACUGUGUAGCAAACACGUGGCAUCUAGUGAUGUAGGUUGGGGCAGCGUACUUACAUUUAAUGCACAAAAUAACCAAAUGUAGAAAAAUUACAAUGUGUAAAAUCCUAUGCAGGAACAUGAAGUAACAGUUAAAUUGGAAAAUGUAAAGGUGAAUUCUCAAGUGAGCUGAAGCAGUAAUAUGUACAAAGAUUUACAAUGUCCCGGUGUAGAAUUGGUUUCCUGGAGUGGAUUCCUUUUGCUGCUUUGUUGCUCUUACUUUUUCAAGGGCUGUAUGUUCCACUUUGGGUACAAAUUGUACAGUCCUGACAGGAGUGAAUAAAAAAUACCAGGAAAAAUGUUA